GUCGAUAUGCUGCUCUACACAGACGUCAUUAGCGGCGAUGAGCUCCUGUCGGAUGCUUACAAGAUGAAGGAGGUUGACGAUGUCGUCUACGAAGUCGACUGCAACAUGGUCCUCGUCAAGGAGGGCGACGUCGACAUUGGCGGCAAUCCAUCUGCAGAAGAACAGGAAGAAGCGCUCGCAGAUGGCGCCACUCAGGUCAACGAUGUCGUACAUAGCUUCCGCUUGCAGUCAACGAGCUUCGACAAAAAGUCUUACAUGACAUAUAUCAAGGGCUACAUGAAGGCGGUCAAGGCUUACCUGCAAGAGAACAACCCGGACCGUGUCUCUGCGUUUGAGAAGAAUGCGGCAGGCUACAUCAAAAAGAUUCUCGGCAGCUUUGGUGACUACGAGUUCUACACGGGUGAAGGCAUGAACCCAGACGGCAUGGUCUUGCUGCUCAACUACCGAGAGGACGGCACAACGCCGUACCUUAGCAUUUUCAAGGACGGCGUCAAGGAAGUCAAGAUCUAGUCUCUGAUUCUUCUCUUGCUUGUCACCUAUCGGACUGGGCCGUUAGAGGGUC